CUGUGGGGCUUUCGGGUUUGUCCCGAAGAUCGGCCUAUUUUCCCUUCCCUCGCAGCACUUCGCAGGAUCAUUAUUCUUUCACAAUACACCAUUCACAUCAUGGACGACUUCGCCCUGAAGAAAGCGUUCAAGAAACGAACAUACAUCGCUGAGCAAUGCACUCAGGCUAUUCGUGGCCUUGAGAUUCCCCAGUCACUGGGCUCCCCGGCAUCCCGUGCUUGUGUUGCGCGGGGAAUUCGCUACCAUCCAGGGUUUGCACUUGAACUCCAAUGCAAAUAUGAUCAAGAUCGAUUCUUUACCCGGGCUAUAAAUGCUCGACGCAUCAUGAGCAAUGAUAUUCCUGAUUUGCAGAAUGCUCGUGAGAUUCCCUACUGUAUCUGGUAUCCGGAAACUGCCAGUGAAGCCACGUAUCGGGCACUGGUCCUUCAAUAUCCCUCCCUUAAAUACCAAGUCGGCAGAGCGUGUGCUGUAGCCGGGUAUAUCGAUUUAUAUCGGGAGUUGGAUCUGCUGCCUGAGGCGCAUAUUGCCGAGGAGGCUCGCGAUAAUGGCAGUAAUGCUAUAUUCGAGAUGAUCAUGGCGAGUCCAGUAAGGUAUCGAGUGAUGAACGACUAUACUCGCACGGUCAAUUUGGAGAAUCCUCCUAUUGGUGGCCUUAAUGGAGACACAGCUGUCCAGUCCUUUCUAGAGAGAAAGCAGAAACAUAGCGGCCUCGCCAACCGUCCAGGAUUGAAGGAUUUAUUGUGGAAUAUCACCGAAGACAUGAACGUGGAUGACCGUUUACGCCGUCAUGUUAUGAUUGAUAAACAGUUCGCAUGUGUGAUCCGCGGAAUCUGCCACGAAACGUUCUUCGCUAAGUGGUGGUCAAGACAACUCCCACUGGAAGAUAAGAGGAAAGACAAGCGUUUACAACGCGCGAUCACUGCACGCUUUAUCAUGAGCAACGACUUAUCGCGUAUUCCUUUAAGGCCGGCCUCUGAAAUUCCCCCUCCCCCUCAACCUCACCGGGAGCCUCACGACAAUGCAUUCUCUCAGGAAUCCAUCCUGCAUUUGAUCUAUCGUGAACUCGCCUAUCGGGAGCCUCGUAUGGCAUUAACGGUCGCACGCGCCUGCAUUAUUGCGAAUUACCAGGCUGUCUACCAAACCCUCAAGUUCUUCCCGAUACGUGCUCUCAUCCGCGAAGCCGAACAACAGCCUAGCACCUUUUAUGUCGAGGAUCUCAAACGCCGGGCAGAGCUACAUGGAAUUCUCGAAUCUGCCGAAGGCAGCACUUGGGAAGAGCACACAAUGGUCGAAAAUAUGAGACUGUUCGAUACAAAGUUGAGCGAGGUGAUCACAACCGACGACGUAGACAUGUUCCCCGCUGGAAUUUUCAAUGGAGAAGAGACACCCGACGUAGGCACUAUCCUACUAAACGUGUGCGCCCCUCGAAGUGUCAAAUCCGGAUAUAGAGCCACUCCAUUGAGUGAGGUUUACACAGCAGCGGGGGCGCCACUGGAGAUGCCAUUGGGUCUUGAUGCAGAUUUUCCAGCUCGUGGGUAUCUUGGGACAGCCCUUAUCUACAAUAAUAGGCCCUGGGUUCCUCACUCACCUGACGAGGAAAGGGAUCCCGAAUGA